GCUGCCUGGUAGAAGAGGGAAAAAAUGAUGACAUUAACAUAGAAGAGAGACUAUUUGGGGAAAAAAGGUGGGCAGGGCAGUUGCUCAGGAGAGUGAGCUUAGACUUGGCUAGCCGCGGUUCUGCCUGGACUUCGGGAGCCAGAGCUCAGGAUGAGACGCGGAGGGGCUGGGAUGCGCAGCGACCGCCAGGAUUCAGUACCUCAAGACAAACUCUUAUGUGGAUUCCAGAUUCUUUUUUUUCCAGUUUGCUGAGUGGAAGAAUUUCAACACUUCGAGAUGAAACUGGUGCUAUAUUUAUUGAUAGAGAUCCGGCAGCAUUUGCCCCCAUUUUAAAUUUUCUUCGGACAAAAGAACUAGACUUAAGGGGAGUGAGUAUUAAUGUUCUCAGGCACGAAGCAGAGUUUUAUGGGAUCACCCCAUUAGUAAGAAGGCUUCUCUUGUGUGAGGAACUGGAGCGCUCAUCCUGUGGCAGUGUACUGUUUCAUGGCUACCUGCCCCCGCCAGGCAUUCCUAGUCGUAAAGUGAACAACACAGCGAGGUCCUCUGCUGCUGUUAGGACUGGGCUGUCUGCUGCUGAAGGAUUUCCGGUGGAUCCACGAAAGGUGCUGAUAGUAGCUGGCCACCACAACUGGAUCGUAGCUGCCUAUGCUCAUUUUGCUGUGUGCUACAGAAUCAAAGAAUCUUCAGGAUGGCAGCAAGUGUUUACAAGCCCCUAUUUGGAUUGGACUAUUGAACGAGUGGCGUUAAAUGCAAAGGUGGUUGGAGGUCCCCAUGGAGACAAGGACAAGAUGGUGGCCGUUGCCUCGGAGAGUAGCAUCAUCCUGUGGAGUGUCCAGGACGGGGGGAGUGGAAGUGAGAUAGGAGUGUUCAGCCUUGGCGUUCCUGUCGAUGCCCUCUUCUUUAUUGGGAACCAGCUGGUGGCCACAAGUCACACAGGGAAGGUGGGAGUGUGGAACGCGGUCACUCAGCACUGGCAGGUUCAAGAUGUUGUUCCUAUCACCAGCUAUGACACCGCUGGCUCCUUCCUUCUCCUGGGAUGCAACAACGGGUCGGUGUAUUACAUAGAUAUGCAGAAGUUUCCUUUGCGAAUGAAAGAUAACGAUCUUCUCGUCACUGAGCUCUAUCACGAUCCCUCCAACGACGCCAUCACUGCUCUGAGUGUUUACCUCACUCCCAAAACAAGUGUCAGCGGUAACUGGAUUGAGAUCGCCUACGGUACAAGCUCUGGGGCAGUGCGGGUGAUUGUGCAGCAUCCAGAGACAGUGGGCUCAGGUCCUCAGCUUUUCCAGACUUUCACAGUCCACCGAAGCCCUGUUACAAAAAUUAUGCUGUCAGAGAAGCAUCUUGUGUCAGUCUGUGCAGAUAACAACCAUGUCCGGACCUGGACAGUGACACGCUUCAGAGGGAUGAUCUCUACGCAGCCAGGGUCCACUCCGUUAGCGUCAUUCAAGAUACUGUCUUUGGAGGAGACUGAAAGCCAUGGUAGCUACUCCUCUGGUAACGACAUAGGACCAUUUGGAGAGCGAGAUGAUCAGCAAGUGUUUAUCCAGAAAGUUGUUCCCAUCACUAACAAACUGUUUGUAAGACUCUCCUCAACUGGAAAAAGAAUCUGUGAGAUUCAGGCCGUGGACUGCACAACAAUCUCCUCCUUUACGGUGAGAGAGUGUGAGGGGUCCAGCAGGAUGGGCUCACGGCCCAGGCGCUACUUGUUCACUGGCCAUACGAACGGCAGCAUUCAAAUGUGGGAUCUCACGACUGCCAUGGACGUGGUGAACAAAAGUGAAGAUAAGGAUGUAGGUGGUCCAACUGAAGAAGAAUUACUCAGGUUGCUAGACCAGUGUGAUCUGAGCACGUCUCGCUGCGCCACUCCUAACAUUAGUCCAGCAACGUCAGUGGUCCAGCAUAGCCGCCUGCGGGAAUCCAGCUCGAGCCUCCAGCUGCAACAUCAAGAAACCAUCCAUGAAGCAGCUACUUACGGUGCUGUGCGACCAUACAGAGAGAGCCCUUUGUUAGCCAGAGCCAGAAGAACAGAGAGCUUUCACAGUCACAAGGACUUCCAGACGAUUAACUUGAAUAAAAAUGUCGAAAGAGCUGUCCCUGAAAAUGGUAACUUGGGUCCAAUACCAGCUGAGGUGAAGGGAGCUGCAGGGGAAGGGACUGUAUCUGAGAAUAAGUCCCCUGGAACAGAAAUAAAAAGUUUGAAAGAAUUAGACAGUGGAUUGGAAGUGCAUAAAUUAAUAGAAAGUUUUUCAGAGUCUAAGAAAAGGUCAUCAGAAGAUGAGAAUGAAAAUAAAGUGGAGUUACGGAAGAAAGGGGCGUUUGAAGGGGGAGGGUUCCUGGGAAGAAAGAAAGUCCCCCAUCUUGCCUCCUCGCCAAGUACUUCUGAUGGAGGAACUGACUCGCCCGGCACUGCGUCCCCAUCGCCUACCAAGACCACGCCGUCUCCUAGGCAUAAGAAAAGCGAUUCUUCCGGUCAAGAGUACAGCUUGUAAAAUUCACCAAGAUGCAUGAUAGUUUGCUAAAUUUAGGUGAAAAUUAUAAAGUUUCCUGAAUUUCAGUACAUUGAUUUUUUACAUCAAAACUUACCAGAUAAAAUUUGGUUUCAUUUAGUACCUUUUUAAACAGAAUUUCAUGAAGUAAAAAGGCAUAAUCAUCUCUCUUGACAUUUUGGAUUUUUUUUUUUUUUUCUUUUGUAAGCACAUGUAACGGAACAUUAGUAAAGUGGGCGUUCAUUCUAAUGUUCAUGCAUUUGGGUUGUGCCAUGAGUGUGCACAUCGUGAUUGGAGGCCGCCCCCAUGGCUUGUCCUUAGAGCAUGACCCAGCGGGCUGCUGCUCUCCUGACUGCCAGACACUGUUGCGGUGUCAGGUCAACGUGAACCAUAUCUCUCCUGGAGCUGGGGCUCCUGCCCUUACUGUGAUUGCAGAGUGCUCACCAGCAUGUGAGGUGCUGCUUGUGACUCGAAACACUAUUGAUGUGCACCCCAGAUCCUACUGUGUACUGUCCUUCCACGUCAUUCUCUUGUAUUGUGAGUCCGUGUCUGAUUCCCUUUGUUGGGAGUUCUUGAAUAUAGCAUGUGUCACCAGUAUUGAAUGCCAAGUCUUUCCAGUGGGAACAACUGUGUAUUUUGAAAAGGUGAAGUGAGAGUAAUCAUCAGGUGAAACUUGCAGAAGAGAAAGUUCCAUUUGCUAGUCUUCUCUGCUUUAGGGGCCGCCAUGUUUUGCAGUUGAUAAUUAUAAUAAUGUGGCCAUUUUCUUUCACUUACACAAUUGUUCUGAAUUUGGGGUUAAAUGUGUUGUCUAUGUAAAAAUGUACUUUUGAAUAUGUUUUGAAUCUGAGAGCAAAAGAAUGUUUUUGUACAUUUUUCUUCAUUUAAUUGGAAUGAUUUAUAAGUUUCUACAGUAGGCUAAUUGUACAUUUAAACCCUUAAACAUUUAUUGGUGAAUAAUGUAUAUAUCCCAUUCCAAGAAAUAAAAUGAAUGAGUGAAGUUGAAAUAAAUUCUUAAAGUUUACUAUAUUGCCAGUGGUUUCUCAAAAAACUCAUCAAUUAAAUGAGUUAAGAAUGUUAA